CCCUCUGCCCAGGAACCCAGUAGCUGGGCCCCCUAGCCCUCUACUCCCAGGAUGGCCAGACCCAGGCCCAGUCGCUGAGUUCCGGUGGUGCUGGGGGCCCUGCCUGCCCCUCCGGCCACCUUCAGUCAUCCGCCCCCUGCCAACAGGACAAGGAGUAUGUAGGUUUUGCAGCUCUGCCCAGCCAGCUGCACCGCAAGUCUGUCAAGAAGGGGUUUGACUUCACACUCAUGGUGGCAGGGGAGUCAGGUCUGGGGAAAUCCACCCUCAUCAACAGCCUCUUCCACACCAACCUCUAUGAGGAGCGGCAGGUGCCGGAAGUCAGCGCACGCUUGACACAAACGCUGACCAUCGAGCGCCGGGAUGUGGAGAUCGAAGAGGGAGGCGUAAAAGUGAAGCUGACCCUGGUCGACACACCUGGCUUCGGGGAUGCGGUGGACUGCUCCGACUGCUGGCUGCCCGUGGUGCGCUAUAUCGAAGAGCAGUUCGAGCAGUAUCUUAGGGACGAGAGCGGCCUGAACCGCAAGAACAUCCAGGACUCCCGCGUCCACUGCUGCCUCUACUUCAUCUCGCCCUUCGGCCGGGGGCUCCGGCCCCUAGAUGUGGCCUUCCUGCGGGCGGUGCACGAGAAAGUCAACAUAAUCCCGGUUAUUGGCAAAGCAGACGCUCUGCUGCCCCAGGAAACCCAGGCCCUCAAGCAGAAGAUCCGGGAUCAGCUGAAGGAGGAGGAGAUCAACAUCUACCAGUUCCCAGAUUGCGACUCAGAUGAGGAUGAAGACUUCAAGAGGCAGGAUGCAGAAAUGAAGAGCAGCCUCCCCUUCGCAGUCGUGGGUUCCUGCGAGGUAGUGAGAGAUGGCGGGUCACGACCAGUGAGGGGACGCCACUACUCGUGGGGUACUGUGGAGGUGGAGAACCCACAUCACUGCGAUUUCUUGAACCUGCGACGGAUGCUGGUGCAGACACACCUGCAGGACUUGAAAGAAGUCACACACGAUCUUCUCUACGAGGGCUACCGGGCCCGCUGUCUGCAGAGCUUGGCCAGGCCCGGGGCUCGGACCAACCGCAGUAAGCUUUCCCGCCAGAGCGCCACAGAAAUCCCCCUGCCCAUGCUGCCCCUGGCCGAGACGGAGAAGUUGAUCCGCGAGAAGGACGAAGAGCUGCGCCGCAUGCAGGAGAUGCUGGAGAAGAUGCAGGCCCAGAUGCAGCAGAGCCAGGCUUCGGGCGAGCAGUCGGACGCUCUCUGAGGUCCCCCACCCUGCCGGGACUCACCUGCGCUCCGCCUGCAGUCUGUCUCCAGCCCAAUGCCGGGUCCUACGCUGCCAGGCGCCUGAGCCCCCUCCGGCACAGCCGCCUCGGCAUGGGCUUUGUGCGGGUUCUCGGGCCGAACGGCUCUCCCAGAGUCGCGGAGUUUGGAGCCCCGCCCCCGGCCACGCCCCUGAGCGGCGGCCACGCCCCUCUUCCGGCCCCACUCCUCCCCGCCCAUCGCCGACUUCAAUAAAAACUCCAGCUGUCCCGCGGC